AUGAAAAUGAUAACUGGCUUGGAGAGUGCAGUGGAGUCCGAGGAGACAUCGGAGUACAAGAAAGGCCGCUGGCAGUACCAUCACAAUGUCACCCAUGACUCGGUUAUCAGGACCGAUAUCAGGAAGACCCCUCCUCCAAUCAGCACACCCAUGUUCUCAGGCAAUGCGUACUUCGUAGUCACACGUGAAUUUGUAAGGCAUGUGCUUGAAAGCCAGGAAGUACAGAAUCUUCUGGAAUGGGAAAAAGACACCUACAGCCCCGAUGAGCACCUGUGGGCCACUUUGCUCCGAAUGCCAGAUGUGCCUGGAUCCAGUCCCCCCAACAUAAAAUUCCAGUACUCAGAUAUGACAGCCAUAGCCCGACUGGUGAAGUGGAGUUACCUGGAAGGGGAUGUGAGUAAAGGGGCCCCGUACCCCCCCUGUACUGGAAGCCACCGCAGGGCAGUGUGCAUCUUUGGUGCUGGUGACUUACGCUGGAUACUGCAUCAGCAUCAUCUUCUAGCAAACAAGUUUGACCCUCAGGUUGAUGAUGUUGCCCUCAAGUGCCUGGAGACACACCUUCGUUACAAGGCUCUCUAUGGAAAAUCAAUGUAA